CCAGAGAUAUACUGACAUAGUGUGAAGACAGAAGGUUAGGACAGAUGAACGAGCACAGAUGAUAAUCGCUUCCAUUUUUGAGUUAGAAAAAGUUUCUUUAUUUACUUGUUUUUUAUUUUGACUUGCUUGCCUGUCGAAGAUUUCCUGAUAAAAGAUUUGAGAGUAAACGCACGGGAUCGAUAAGUGAGUGCCAUGAGAGAGGAACAGUCUUGUAGUGACUUUCCUGAGGGUGGGGUCCUACCCAACGACGAGGAGCAAGACCGUCGGGCCAACAAGUGUCCGGUCGUCGUAGCACCACCGACGGGGGCUCGAAAGAGGGUGACAGGUCCCAAAAAAGAGCCCGGCGGUCUGUUACUGCAAGAGGACAAAACGUCUCCCGAGGGCCCAUCCACGAUCGCUCCCAAAAGACCCAAGAGGAACUCUCCCGCUUCUUCGUCGACAUCUUCCUCUUCUUUAGUGCCCGUCGUAAGUGCCGUGUCGCCCCUGCCCGGACAGCCGUUCGAAGACCUGCACACGCAACGGGUGAUCGCCAACGUACGAGAGCGCCAGCGCACACAGUCCCUAAACGACGCUUUCGCCUCACUGCGGAAGAUCAUUCCCACCCUGCCCUCGGACAAACUUAGCAAGAUUCAGAUCCUCAAGCUGGCUUCGCGUUACAUCGACUUCCUCUACCAGGUGCUCCAGAGCGACGAGAUGGACGCCAAGCUGGCCAGCUGUAACUACCUGGCCCACGAGAGACUGAGCUACGCCUUCUCUGUCUGGAGGAUGGAGGGUGCUUGGUCCAUGUCCGCCACCCAUUAAACUCCCAUCUGUUCCUAACCCCACCGUCCGAAACUUCCACCCCAACCCCGGCCUCUGAACUCUGAAUCUUGCCAGAGAGAAACUGACUCUUAUUAGACCCGUCAUUGCCUUAACCACAGCCGUAUGACCCCUGACCUCUGACCUCAACACUCAUCUUUUCUGUUUUUCUCAACACAACCCUCCACAGUAUUUCAAUUAUCCCUGAGGACAUUACACUUCAACUACAAAAGCCAAACAUUCUUCCGGAGCUAGACAACAACGCAAAAGAAAGCUAAACACUCGGACAUCAGCCUUUGCUAUAGUGAGACAUAAACAUAUCUAGAAUGAGAUUAUUCUGCCAAUGACUCUGGAAAUGAUUCAGACCUUGAUGGAUUUUUGGUCUGGAUUGACCGAAGCAGACAGUGACUUUGAUGAUCACUUAUAGCUGCACCUGAAUAAACUCUUCGACUGCAUAUAUUCUCGGUUCAUUUAUGCUGUAUAUUUGCUUACAUUAUUGCUUCUGUGAUUUUGUCAUGGUAUACGCUUUUAUUAAAUGUAUAAAGGUUGUCACAUUUAAAAAAAUAAGAUGUAGGGAUCAUUGUAAAACAUCUCAGUGAAUAACUCAUUAUGCAUUAUUUGUGGAUGCAGUUGAACGGAUACUAACAAGUAUGUACAGAGCAAUAAAACAAUUUAAAAACAGAAAUAUAAAAUCAAGUAAAAAACGAGAAAAUAAUUUUUAAGCAAUAGAGCAGAUGAAGAUGUUAAAGUCUGCAUCAGGAUCCAGACGCUGCCAAUAAAGACAAAUACAUUGACGGCUAAACUUGGGCAGCACAUAAACUUGAUUUCUUUGUUUUUAUGUCUGCUUGGCAAGAAAUAAGAAAGUUGCCCGGCCGUAAACGUGCCAUAUUUUUGUGUGUUAUUAGGUAAAACAAUUAGAAAACACAGUACUGUACUGUAUGUUUGACUGAAGCUUAGUCUCAUAAUGAUUUUACUCAUUAACUUCAAUCUUUGUCAUGAUCAACGUUAUAUUUUCACAGAAUGUUCUUUACAUUUUUUAGGAUGAUUUUAUGUAGAAAACAGUCAAUCACAAUCAACUAAAGCUAAAGUUUUGGUAAAAAUAAGAAGAAAUGAUGAUGCUGUGGUUUACACCUGUGUUUUAAUAUCAUUUAAUCACCCUCAUGUUGAUCUAAACCUAUACGACGUAUUGUCUUGCAUAAAACACAAGAGGAGACUUUUAUGCACUUUUUUAAACAAUGAAAGUAAAUGUGUAUUUUCUUCAUAACAUCUCCACAUUUUUAUCAAAUGGGUUUGAAACAUUAAAGCAAAAGGCACAAUUUUAAAGUUCAGGUCAACAGAUAUGAGAGGAGCACAAGUUGUACAGUAUGUUAUUACUGUAAAUUCAUGCUUGUAUUAAGUUAUGUCCUUCAAAUUUUCUUCAUUUAGAGACUGCCAUUGUUUUGAAGACUACAAAAUGUGGGUAUUACCACAUUACCACAGUUUUAUUGUAGUAGCGAUAGCUGUGGUUACUGCUGUAAU